CUUCCAAGAAGCACUGCGGAACAAGAUGUUGAUGCUCUAAAGGCGAAGCUGCUUGCGCUGGGCCAAAAUGAAAUAGAGGUACAGCACAAUGGUCGGUUUGGCGGCACAAUGUGCAUCGAGACUGGUUUAACCUUUGAGGAGCUUUUUUGGGUAUGUGUGCACAACGACAAGCGUCGGUUUCAAAUGGUGUUUCAACCGGAAAAAUCCGAAAAGAACUCGGACUCAGCCUCAGUCUCAACAAUCUCAACCUCACCAGUGUCAGCGUCCCCAGUCUCAGCGUCAACAGUCCCAGACAAGGACAAAGGCAAGGAUAAGGAUCUUACUACAGAUGCCAAGAAUUAUCAUACCAGCACAGAUGCAAGUACAAUUUCAGUUUUACCCUCGUGGCACAUACGUGCAGUCCAAGGCCACACAUCACAUGUGGACGAAUCCCUUUUGCUGACCCCAGUCUUCACCGCAGAGUCGGACGCAGCACCAGAUGGUCUACUGUAUCAUGGAACCUACAAGGCGGUGUUACCAGAUAUCCUCGCUUCUGGUGGCUUGUCCAGGAUGACGCGACAACACAUCCACUUCACCGGAAUUAGCCCUAUUUUGAGCAGUUCAGCACCUACUUCAGCAUCGUCUACUUCAGCACAAAGAGGAG